CGCAGCUAGCUAGUCAUUUGCGGACAACGCUCUCAUGGCUUCUAUGUAAUGUAUACUUGCUGCUGAGAGGGAGAAAAAGAAUAAGAUAAGAAUUUCUGAUACGCUGGAAUAAGAGUGUAAUAGGAGGCAGUUUCCUAUUCACUGGAAAACUUUGGUCUUCUGAAAAAAAAGGUAUUCUCUCCAUCCGUGCAUGUUAAAACGGCGAGUACAUUAGAGCCGUGAGUCGGCUACAACGUCUAGUUUCAAAGCAAGCGGCAACACCAGCAAGGAGGCAUGAUUUUGAGACGGAAUUCCGUGUUUGCAGCGCUUUACUUUCAUGCCUUUUUGUUAUGCUUGCGGACGAAGGUGUCAGAUGCAUCGGGGAAUUUCGAGCUGGAAAUCUUACCGAUGCAGAAUGUAAACGGCAAAUUGCAGAGUGGUUUAUGCUGUGACGGUAUGAGGAACACCGCGGAUCGCAAGUGCACGAGGAAUGAAUGUGCUACAUAUUUCAAAGUUUGUCUGAAGGAAUAUCAGUCGCGAGUUUCUGCGGCGGGGCCUUGCAGUUUCGGAACUGGAUCUACGCCUGUACUAGGAGGGAAUACAUUUUCUACCAGGGGCACCCAAAUGACAGAGAAGUCAAGGAUUGUUUUACAUUUCAGUUUUGCUUGGCCGAGGUCCUACACAUUGAUAGUAGAGGCCUUGGACUUCAGUAAUGAUACUGCUGGUGAAAGUUCAACUGGAAGACUCAUAGAGAAGGCUUACCACUCUGGAAUGAUCAACCCAAACCAUCAGUGGCAGAGACUGACACAUAAUGGCCCAGUGGCUCAGUUUGAGUAUCAAAUCCGGGUCACAUGUGAUGAACACUAUUAUGGUUUCGGCUGCAACAAAUUCUGCCGCCCACGUGAUGAGUUCUUUGGACACUACACCUGUGACCAGAAUGGCAACAAGACCUGUCUGGAAGGAUGGACAGGCCCUGACUGCAACACAGCUAUCUGCAGGCAGGGAUGCAGCAUUAAGCAUGGCUCCUGCAAACAACCAGGAGGCUGCAACUGCCUGUAUGGCUGGCAGGGCCAAUACUGUGAUAAGUGCAUCCCUCACCCUGGCUGUGUGCAUGGAACAUGUAUGGAACCAUGGCAAUGUCUCUGUGACACCAACUGGGGGGGACAGCUCUGUGACAAAGAUUUGAACUACUGUGGCACUCACCAGCCUUGUCUGCAUGGAGGGACGUGCAGUAACACGGGACCCGACAAAUAUCACUGCUCAUGUGCUGAUGGCUACUCUGGAGUCAACUGUGAGAGGGCGGAGCGGGCCUGUCUGUCCAACCCAUGUGCUAAUGAAGGGAGCUGCACCGAGACUGGUCAAGGUUAUGAAUGCUUAUGUGCACCUGGCUGGAGUGGCUCAUCCUGCAAAAUGAAUGUAGACGACUGUACACCAAACCCAUGUAACCAUGGAGGCACUUGUCAGGAUCUGGUUAACGGCUUUAAGUGUAGCUGCCCUUCUCAGUGGACUGGCAAAACAUGUCUGAUUGAUGCCAAUGAGUGCGAAGAGAAACCUUGUGUGUAUGCCAAGUCCUGCCGUAACCUGAUUGGUGGAUAUUUUUGCGAAUGUCUUCCAGGAUGGAUGGGUCAGAACUGUGACAUCAAUAUCAAUGAAUGCCAGGGCCAGUGUCUAAAUGGUGCGACCUGCCGAGAUUUAGUAAAUGGCUACCGUUGUAUUUGCCCAUCUGGUUUUUCGGGUGAACACUGUGAGAAGGACAUUGACGAGUGUGCUAGCAGUCCUUGUCUUAAUGGAGGUCGUUGCGAGGACGAAGUGAACGACUUUCAGUGCCUGUGUCCUGCUGGGUUCUCAGGUCAGCUGUGUCAGCUUGAUAUUGAUUACUGUCAGCCCAACCCAUGUCAAAAUGCUGCAGUGUGUUUCAACCUGGCAUCUGACUACUUCUGCAAAUGCCCAGAAGACUAUGAGGGCAAAAACUGUUCUCAUCUCAAGGACCAUUGCCGCACCACUUCAUGCCAAGUGAUCGAUAGCUGCACUGUUGCUGUAGCAUCCAAUAGUACACCAGAGGGAGUGCGUUACAUCUCAUCUAAUGUGUGUGGACCUCAUGGACGCUGCAGAAGCCAGACAGGAGGCCAGUUCACAUGUGAAUGUCAGGAGGGGUUCAGAGGCACCUACUGCCAUGAGAAUAUUAAUGACUGUGAGAGUAAUCCAUGUCAAAACGGCGGAACAUGCAUUGAUAAAGUGAAUGUCUACCAGUGCAUUUGUGCUGAUGGCUGGGAAGGAACCCACUGUGAAAUUAAUAUAGAUGACUGCAGGUUGAACCCCUGCCUAAACAAGGGAACAUGUCAAGACCUGGUGAACGACUUUUACUGCGAGUGCCGAAAUGGCUGGAAGGGAAAAACCUGCCACUCCCGUGAUAGCCAAUGUGAUGAAGCCACCUGCAAUAAUGGCGGUACUUGCCACGAUGAGGGGGAUAUUUUCAAAUGCAGGUGUUCACCAGGCUGGGAGGGGGCCACUUGUAACAUUGCCAAGAACAGCAGCUGUCUGCCUAAUCCUUGCGAGAAUGGGGGCACCUGUGUAGUCAGGGGUGACUCCUUCACCUGUGUGUGUAAAGAAGGCUGGGAGGGAGCCACCUGCUCCCAGAAUACCAACGACUGCAACCCACACCCAUGCUACAACAGUGGUACAUGUGUGGAUGGAGAAAACUGGUACCGGUGUGAGUGUGCCCCAGGCUUUGCUGGUCCAGACUGUCGUAUAAAUAUCAAUGAGUGCCAGUCCUCGCCAUGUUCUUUUGGUGCUACAUGUGUAGACGAGAUCAACGGUUAUUGCUGCAUUUGUCCACCUGGAAGGACUGGGCCUCAGUGUCAUGAAAUCACAGGGCAGCCCUGCAUUUCUGAAGGAGGUCAAAUUACCACUGAUGGCACAAAAUGGGAGGAAGACUGCAACACCUGUCAGUGUCACAAUGGACAGGUCCACUGCACCAGGAUGUGGUGUGGACCGAAAUCUUGUCGGCUUGGUAAAGGCCGGGGUGGAUGCCAGUUGGGCCAGUCUUGUAUUCCUAUCAAAGAGGAGCAUUGUUUUGUCGAGCCCUGCAGUGGCCUGGGAGAGUGCUGGCCCUCCGCUCCCCCUCCACCAACCUCCAAAUGCCACGACAGCUUCCCUUACCAGGACAACAGCUGUGCCAACAUCACGUUCACGUUUAGCAAGGAGACCAUGCCUCGAGGUCUUAGUAUAGAAGACGUAUGUAAUGAGUUGAGGCACAUUUAUGUAGUAAGGAACCUCUCCGCAGACUAUGCCAUUUCCAUCAUGUGCGAUCCCUCCUUCUCUGCUAGCAAUGAGAUUCACGUCAGCAUAUCAACAGAAGAGAUGAUGGACAGGAGCCCUAUUAAAGAAAUCACAGAUUGGAUUAUUGACCUAGUGAGCAAGCAAGCUGGCAACAGCUCUAUCAUUACAGCUGUCACUGGAGUGCGUGUGCAGAAGAGGUCAAACAACAAUGACUACCUGGUUCCUCUACUCAGCUCCGUCUUCAUUGUUCUCUGGAUCCUUGCCCUGGCAGCAUCCUUCCUGUGGUGUGUCCGUCGCCGGCAAAAACACAAUGCCCAUGGCAAUACAGCAGCCUCCCCUGCAGAGGACACCACUACCAAUAAUGUGCGUGAGCAACUUAAUCAGAUCAAGAACCCAAUUGAGAAGCAUGCUGCCCACACUGUGGCCAUAAAAGUCUGUGAAGGGAAGAACUCGGUCAUUGCCAAAAUUAGGACACACAAUGCAGAAGCAGAGGAGGAGGAAAAGGAGCGGCACCUGCAGAAAGCACGAUUCACCAAGCAGCCAACUUACACGCUGGUAGAGAAGGAGGAGAGAACACCUACAAAAAACCCCAACUGGACUAACAAACAGGACAACAGAGACUUGGAGACAGUACACACUUUAAACAGGAUGGAGUACAUCGUAUAGCAGGCAACAGAAAUGCCAUGUGACCAAACCCCUCGUCCUCUCCUUUAUCCAUGUACUGAUCAUACAGAGGAUUGGAGAGGCUGUAAUACUCAAAACUGUUGUCAUAAUCUUGACUCUAAGGUUAUUUACAGUAUCCCUGUGUUAAUUUAAGUUUUGACAAGCUAGCUUACACUGGCAACUGAUAGUUGUCAUGGAGGCUGGAAAACCAAAGUGCUGUAUUUUCAUGUCCAUACAAAACUAGUUUGCAAGUGUCUUUGUGCAUUAAAAGAUGACAACACUA